AACCUCAACCACUCCCUAACCUAGCUGUAUUAACCAAUAUAAAUACCCAUACACUCCAUCGCCACAAUCAUCAGUUCAGCAUUUCAGUCCCUUCUCCUUAAUUCUCUUCUCUUUCUCUAAAAAUCAAUGGCGUCUGCCGACGUUGAGUAUAGGUGUUUCGUUGGUGGUUUGGCAUGGGCCACCACCGAUCAGUCGCUCGGUCAGGCCUUCUCUCAAUUUGGCGAGGUCAUCGAAUCGAAGAUUGUCAACGAUCGCGAGACCGGUAGAUCGAGAGGAUUCGGUUUCGUGACAUUCAAGGAUGAGCAGUCCAUGAGGGACGCGAUCGAGGGGAUGAACGGACAGGAAUUGGACGGCCGUAAUAUCACCGUCAACGAGGCUCAGUCUCGCGGAAGCGGCGGUGGAGGCGGCGGAGGUUUCCGUGGCCCACGCCGCGAGGGUGGCGGAGGCUAUGGCGGAAGCGGUGGUGGUGGUGGUGGUUACGGGCGCCGGGAGGGUGGCGGUGGCUAUGGAGGCGGCGGUGGCGGCGGGUAUGGCCGUCGUGAGGGCGGUUACGGUGGCGGUCGUGGAGGUGGUUAUGGAGGUGACCGUAGCUACGGUGGUGCUUCUGAGGGAGACUGGAGGAGUUAGUUGUUAUGCGGUUACUUUUUGUUACCGGUGUUGGUUGUUGGAGUAUUUCGCUUGUUGUGGUUUGUGGUUUGUCGUGGGUGCUGUAUUUUUGACCUCUCGGCUGUUGCUGAAGCUUUUAAUUGUACGUUAGAAACCAUAUGUUUGCAGAGUUCUAUGGAAUGAAGUAGAUUGAGGUUUUAACCCAUCCUGAA